AUGAUUGUCAGGCCUAAAAGUGACACAACGGUGCAAUCUUCCAUACCGACACCUGAACAGAUCGAUGCUCUCAUACCAGAACUUCAGCGAAUUGCAAGGAAGCCUUCCCAAAUAGUUCAUGUUAGUACUGAACCUCCAUCUGAAAGUGAUCUAGAUGAAUCAACGUACGCAUUACUCCCAACGAAACCAAAAAGAAGAUAUCCAAGGUCAGGAGUGUUUAUCACGGACCCAGUACAAAAGAAAUCUACAUUAAUUGAGCAUGGCCCAUUCCCUGAGCCCAUUCCUAUUGAUGAGGAUUUUCAAAGCCCAAUUGUUGAAGAAGAAGUCAUACCUUCAGAAGGAGCUCAAGCUUCAGGAAGCUCUUUUGAAACACCUGAACUGGACAUCUCCAAAGGAAAAAGCAGGUUGCUUGAAUCUGAUUUUGUUGAUGUCGUUCAGUUUCAGAAUAGAGUCUUUGAUCUGGAAUCAAACUCUUCUGAAAAAUAUUUGAUAAUUGGAAAUGGUCUAACUGCUCUAUUCUUUGAUCUGAAACAACGCCUAUUUAAAAAGUUUGGUGAUGAAUUUCAACCCUUGAGCGUUGAAGGAGAAAAGAUCACUGCUUCUAGUACAGGUCCUGCCAAUCCAACUUCACGAUAUUCAAGUGAAAGAGCUAUAAGACCUGCUCCAGUUGCUAAUCUUCAUACAUUCUAA